UCAGUCCUGUCAGGCGUGAAAAGUAGGGAGCAGUUCUACUUGCAUCUAUUUCUACCCUAUUGCUGCUAGAAGAGGGGAAAAUGUCCUACUUCUGGAAGCCUGGAGUGAAGCAGCCUGACCAACCUCCCUUGUCUCGCAGGAUCCACAGAGAUUUUGAUGACGACAACGACCAGGAUGUUUCCCUUCUUAGUAGUCGGUCAUCUCUGUAUGGGCCGAAUCAGAGCCAGAGGCUUCCGGUUCAUGAAUAUCGCAAGGCUAUUCUGUAUUUGGUGGAAAAACAUGCUACAACUGUGAUUGUGGGAGAGACAGGAAGCGGCAAAUCCACCCAGAUCCCUCAGUUUCUGUACGAAGCAGGCUGGGCUGCUGGUGGGAGGCAGAUUGUCUGCACACAGCCUCGUAGGGUGGCAGUGCGGACACUUGCUGCACAUGUUGCGGAACAGAUGGGUGGCUCUGAAGUUGGCUAUGCUGUUCGGUUUGAGAACGCAACAUCAGAAAACACACGUAUCAAGUAUGUCACUGAUGGGUUGCUUAUACAGGAGAUGAUGGAGAACCCCCUCCUUUCUUCGUACGGAGUUAUUAUGGUAGAUGAAGCCCAUGAGAGGAGUCUGGCAACUGACUUGCUGCUGGGUCUAUUGAAGAAGGUGCAGCGGAGAAGGCCGGACUUGAGGCUCGUGAUCUGCUCAGCGACUCUUGAUGCGAAGGAGAUUGCAGAUUAUUUCGAUGCCACAGAGCAUCACGGCGGGAACACGCGGUCUGUGGCGGACAGAACGGAGGAGGAGGAGGAGGAGGAGGACGGGGAGAAGAACGAGGAUUCUCGUGAUGCGCGGAAAACUUGCGACCUUCCAAGCAAGAAGCCGGCGAUACUCUCUGUGGAAGGCCGUGCAUAUCCUGUGGAAAUCCUUUAUCUUGAAGAGCCGACGAGCAACUACCUUCAGUGCGCUGUGACAACUGUGAUAAGAAUUCACCAGGAAGAGCCACUUGGCAGCAGUGGGGACAUCCUCGUCUUCCUGACUGGUCAGAAGGAGGUGGAGACUGCAGCGCAGAUGAUCCACGACGAGAUUCACGAACUGCCACCUAAUUCUAGGAGCAUCAUCCCCCUCCCUCUCUAUGCAGGUCUUCCGAAGGACGAAGUGGAUAAGGUGUUUGGUUCUCCCACAAGGAGAGGGCACAGGAAAGUCGUCCUUUCAACAAAUGUUGCGGAAACAAGUGUGACCAUGGAAGGGAUCGUCUACGUUAUUGAUUCAGGCUUUGUGAAACAGAAGUUUUAUGACCCGAUAAGAGGGGUGGAGUCGUUGAUGGUCGUGCCGAUCUCCAGAGCCUCUGCAAAGCAGCGGGCCGGGAGGGCCGGACGCGUGCGUCCAGGGAAGUGCUUUAGAUUGUAUACAGAAGAGUACUUUCAGGAAUCAAUGGAACCCCGGAGCAUUCCCGAAAUGGAAAGAAGCGAUCUGACAGCCACCGUCCUGCAGCUCAAGGCACUCGGAAUCGACAACAUCAUGAGGUUUGACUUCUUGUCUCCUCCACCUCCAGAGAUGAUGAUCAGAGCCCUAGAGAAGCUGUACGGCAUCGGCAUUCUCGGGCGCGAUGCGCGCCUAACUCCCCUUGGCACACGAAUAGCCGAGGUGAUACCACAGGAACCGAUGCUUGCAAAAAUGCUCAUCGCGUCCGGGGAGAUGGGGUGCUCGGAAGAAGUGCUCACCAUAGCAGCGGCGUUGUCAGUUCAAAGGUUGUGGUUCUCGGCAAGGAAUUCCCCUCGUGAACUUGACGCUGCAAAAAGCCGCUUUGCGGUUGGUGAAGGUGAUCUUGUCACCUACCUCAACGUGUACGAAGGGUUUCUUCGGUCGAAGAAGUCCAGCAAGUGGUGCCAUGAGAACUGCCUCAACUACCACAAUGUCUCCAAAGUCGCUGACAUCAGGUAUCAGCUCUGCAGAAAGUUGAAGAGGCUUGGAGUGCCUUUCAACUCAUGUGGGACAGAACUCGAAAAGGUAAUGAAAUGCAUCACCGCUAGUCUCUUCAUGAAUGCUGCACGACUUCUGCCAGAUGGAGACGGCCGAACAUACCAAAGCAUCCAAGGGGGCAACCUCUUUCACAUACACCCUUCUUCUGUUCUGUCUAAAAGCACUCCCAAAUGGGUAGUGUACUUUACUUGCAGGGCUACAGACGAGGCCUACAUCGUUGAUGUCAGUACCAUCAAAAUGGAAUGGCUAACGGAACUAGCGCCUCACUUCUAUCAGUCGAAGGAGAAGGGAAAGAUGGCUGUCUGACAAGGUUAUGAACUAGUUCCGUGUGGCUUCAUCU